ACCCAUCCCAUUUAUGCAAGUGAAGUGAUAGCCAAAGCAGAAGAGAGAGAGAGAGUGAGAGAGUGAGAGUGAGAGAGAGAGAGAGAGAGAGAGAGAGGUCGCUCACAUGCACUCUUGAAGUUCAGAGCUAUUGGUUCAAAACGAAGAACAAAGAUUAAGACUGAUUUGUGAAGCUCUCCUUCUGAACUUCUGGGUCACAGCACCGUUGGCUUGUGGGAUAAUACGAUAUUUGAAGAUAUUCUACCUGAGCAGACAGGUCCAAGGAAAUGCUACUAAGAUUGGAGCACUGCAGCUGGGGCCUUUCCUGAAUGUGUUCAACCGUAAAUAGUCCUCAUCCCUUUAGUUUCAAUCGUGAGGGACUGGCAAACUGUAACAGACUUCAUGGGGGACUGUCAAUGUCUACAACUCAAAGAUUCAAUGCAAGUGGCGGACUCCGACCUAAUCCCACCCCUCAGCAGUCAGAGAUGGACCUGGCCUGGCAAGAACUAAUGGCCAUCACAGAACUGCAGGAAUUUGAGGUACCCAAUGAGAAUCCUUUUGAGGCUGUGCCAUAUCUCUCUAUGGAGCCCAUGGUGCCAUAUGGGAGUUUUGGAGUGAGUCAUUCACUGACCGAACCCAGUCCACCUGUCUGUGAAGCAAGCCCCGCUUCUGCUGCUUUUGAAAGUGGGUACAUUGAUGUGAUGCCCCCCUACCAGCGUUUGAACCCACACAUGGAAAUGCACUAUGGACACAGUGGGGGUCAGAUGACAUCCAGGCUACUGCCAAAUGCACAGUCCUUUCAGCCCCCCCUCAUGAGCCUCCUGGAUCACAUGGGCAUGACGAGCACUAGCCAGGGACUCGGAAAAGAUGUCUCUGGACACCCGGCAGACGACAUAGAAUCAGACUCUGGUCUGUCACUGGGCUCAAGCCCUCCACUUGCUUCACCAGAGAAUGCUGCACAUGGGUUACCCACGUACCAACCCCAUGAUAGUCUCAGUUAUGCCGAGGGUGAAGCACAGUGCAUCGGAGACCAGUGUCGCAUGAGGACAAGUAUACCCAGCUCUGUGGAUUACCAGCACAACUCCAGCUCUUACUCUGGACACUCCUACUUCUCUGUAGGACCCAACUUGCAACAUGUUCCACUGCAGACACCCCAGUCCCAACAGCAGAUAACUAUCAAACAGCUGUUGCCCACUACCCUGAAUGAUUUUCAAGUAAAUGCCUCAAGAGGAAGUGCCUUUCAAGGAUCUUACCCCAAAGCUAGAGGAAGUGGGUCCUCAGGACCACUCAGCAGGGAUGAGCGGAAGGCACUUGCUCUCAAAAUCCCCUUCCCGUUGGACAAGAUUGUGAACCUGCCUGUGGAUGAAUUCAAUGAACUACUCAGCCAGUACACACUGAGUGAUGCCCAGCUGACAUUGGUUAGGGACAUUCGGCGCCGGGGGAAAAAUAAAGUGGCAGCGCAGAACUGCCGUAAAAGGAAGUUGGAAAACAUCGUGCACUUGGAGAAUGAGUUGGGGCAACUGAGGGCACAGAGAGAGCACCUAGCCAGGCAGAGACUGGAAUUUCAGCAGAACCUCACCAUCAUUAAAUGCCGUCUCUCAGAUCUAUACACCAAAGUGUUUUCUCAGUUAAGGGAUGAGGAAGGACAUCCAUAUUCAUUAGAUGACUAUUCACUUCAACAGACUAAUGAUGGUAACAUUUACCUAGUGCCACGAAAUGCAGCACUUGAGGGGGAAUAAAGUAUUUCUCCAUUUUCUCAUUAUGUAUAGGACACUUUACAUGUUAAAACACGGGCCCCAAAUAAGCCCUUUGAUUUCAAGUGCAAAAAUGCAUUUUGGGGCUGGGCCAGUGAUUUUGCGCCUUUAACACCCCUCCUCAGGGUUAACAGCCAAAUACUAUAGAAGACUUCAAAUAAGAGUGGUCUAAUACCUUGGUCGUAAUAUCAAACGCAACCUGAAGCAUUAUUCAUAAGCUGUACACCAGAGAGAAACAAGACAAUCAUAUUGUUUCAAUAAAGCUUUUAAUAAGUAAAAACAGGUAAAAACAAGUAAAAAAGUAAAAACAUUUCCACCAGCUUCUUGGUCCUACGAGAGAUAAGAACUUUAAAAAUAAUUUAGUUGAGGUGGGAGAGAAGGACAAAAAGAAAAGGUUUACCUUCAGUGCCUGUAGAAACAAGCAAAAAUCCAUUCUGGAUUGAAGACGCUUUGCAUCAAAUUCCUAGAAAAAAAAAGAACCAAAUUAUUUAGGCAGUUAAGCUUCAUACAACCCAUAAAGUAUACA